UGCCGUAUUUCUUUUGUUUUGUUCAUCUUCUCUCCAUAAUUCUAUCCAAUUAUUCACCUUUCAUUACUGCUUCAUUUUCUUCACUGUCCAAAGGCUCAUCAAUCUCUAUUGAUCAUAAAAAUGAUCACCUUAUUUCACCAAACCGCCUCUUCACUGCAGGUUUUUACAAAGUUGGCAUCAAUGCAUACUCUUUUUCGAUAUGUCUAAACACCCAAAAUAAUAAUCCAACUGUUGUUUGGAUGGCGAAUCGCGACACACCCGUUAACGGAAAACACUCCAAACUUUCUUUAUACAAAAGUGGUAAUCUUGUUUUAAAAGAUGCUGAUGAUUCCAUUGUUUGGUCUACUAAGACAAAAACAACUAAUGGGAGAGUAUUUUUAAGACUAGAAAACAAUGGAAAUCUUGUUCUGUAUCAGUUUAAUGGUAAUAAUAAUCCAUAUAUUAUUCUUUGGCAAAGUUUUGAUUAUCCAACUGAUACACUUUUACCUAAUCAACCAUUUACUAGAGAUUCACAACUUAUUUCCUCUAAAAGUACAACGAAUUUCUCUUCGGGCUUUUUUAAACUUUAUUUUGAAAAUAAUAAUGUUUUAAGCCUUCUUUAUGAUGGGCCAGAAAUAACUAGUGUAUAUUGGCCCGAACCUUAUUUGAAAACAUGGGAAGCAGGGAGAUCUACUUAUAAUAAUACUAGAAUUGCAAUGUUAGAUUCUAAAGGUGAGUUUAACUCAUCUGAUGAAUUCGGGUUUUUUGUUUCGGAUUUUGGUGUAAAGAGGCAAAGAAUAAUGAAAAUUGAUUCUGAUGGUAAUAUUAGAGUUUAUAGUCUUGUUGAUGGAAAGAAAUGGGAAGUUCAAUGGCAAGCUUUUACGACGUCAUGCAAGAUUCAUGGCGUAUGUGGCCCGAAUAGUCUAUGUACUUAUUCACAAAGUUAUGGGAGGAAAUGUACAUGUGUUCAUGGUUAUAAAAGGAAAGAUCUUAAAGAUUGGAAGCUAGGUUGUGAGCCCGAUUUCUUGCCUUGCAAACGUGACGAAGUAGAAGAUUACGUUGAGCUUCAUUAUGUCGAGUUUUAUGGUUAUGACAUUGAUUAUCUUCAAAAUAGCACACUUGAAGCUUGCAAAGAAAUUUGUUUAAAAGAUUGCAAUUGUAAAGGGUUUCAAUUCAAGUUUGACAACUCAUACUAUAAUUGUUACUUAAAGAAUUUGUUAUACAAUGGAUAUCAAUCGGGUUUUGAGAAUUCUAUGUAUGUUAAGUUACCAAGAACUUUGGUUUCAUCAUUUCAUGAAAGAUUUAACGAUAGAUCACGAGAUACUUGUCCUGGAGAUCUUAGGAUGCCGAUUUCAAGAUCUUAUGAGAAAAAUCAUGGAAUUGGGUCGAUUAGAGUAUUGAUAUGGUUUGGGGGAGCAAUAGGGGUUCUUGAGAUCUUAUUGAUACUUCUUUUCUUGUAUAUAACUCGUAAUGACUCUAAUAUAACCGCAGAAAGUUACAUUCCGAUUGGGCCAGGGUUUAAAAGGUUCACGUACGCAGAGCUAAAAAAGGCGACACAAAAUUUUAGCAAAGAGAUAGGGAGAGGUGGUGCUGGUGUUGUGUAUAAAGGCGAAUUAUCAGAUGAUAGAAUUGCAGCGAUUAAGAUGCUCAAAGAGGCUACACAUCAAGGAGAAGCUGAAUUUCAAGCUGAAAUUAGUACUAUUGGGAGACUUAAUCAUAUGAAUUUGAUAGAAACAUGGGGGUAUUGUGUUGAAGGGAAACAUAGGCUUAUUGUUUACGAGUAUAUGGAAAACGGGUCAUUGGCUAAUCUAUUGGAUUCUAAUAAGUUGGAUUGGGGGAAGAAAAUAGAUAUAGCAGUUGGUACCGCGAAAGGAUUAGCUUAUUUACAUGAAGAGUGUUUGGAAUGGGUUUUGCAUUGCGAUGUUAAGCCACAUAACAUUUUGUUGGAUGAAAAAUUCAAUCCAAAAGUUGCGGAUUUUGGGCUGUCUAAGUUGAUUGCUAGAGACACGGCUGAAAAUUCAAGUUUUUCUAGGAUACGAGGGACACGUGGUUAUAUGGCUCCAGAAUGGGUGUUUAAUCUUCCCAUUACCUCAAAAGUUGAUGUCUAUAGUUACGGGGUAGUGAUUUUAGAGAUGAUAACCGGAAAGAGUCCUUUACAAACGCAGCAGGUUGGUGUUGAGAACAGCGGGAGAGACCAGACGUUGGUCGAGUGGGUUAGAGAGAAGAUUAAGGAUAAUAAUGAAAUAUGUAUCGAGGAAAUCGUUGAUGACAGGACGUGUGGCGAAUACAAUCCGAGAACCUUGAACAAUCUUGUGAAAAUUGCUUUGCAAUGUGUGGAGGAAGACAGAGAUGCAAGACCUUCAAUGAGCCAAGUGGUAAAUAUGCUUCUUCAUCCAGAGAUUGAUGAUUAGAUAAGCUUUCUAACAAUAGCAAUGAUAUAUUGUAUAUAUAUAUGCGUGUAUCUUGUAAUAUAGAAGAUUAAUAUAAUUAUCUUCCCUGAAGUUACUAAUAUGUAAUUUCACUAUGUUUGUAUAGCAAAAAAGUGCUAAUAGUGUCAUUAAACUACUUAUUUCU